CCAUUUUUUGAUAUUAUUUUAAUUCAAUAAUUCAAAUUGCCAUAAUGAUUUUUUUCUAUAAAUUCAACCACUGAAUCCCAUCAAAACCUCUUUCCUUCUCUUCUUAUCAUCUCCUCUAAAAAUUGGUCAAAACUCAUCCCUCUUCUUCCAUUUUCAUAUUCUUUCUUAUCAUCUUUUCUUUCCUAAACAUCAACUAGAGUUUAUCUUUUCAGCACAUAGUCUUUGACACCCUUUUCAAAUUUCUAGAACAAGAAUUUUAUUCUUAAUAUAUAUAACCAUCUCAUAUAAAUAUCAUCCUCACAAAUCAUCCAUAGCUACCUUAUAAACCCUCUAAAAACCCUCUAAGUAAUUGUUGCUCUUGAGUUUCAACCCCCACAAAACAAUUUUUUUUUCUUUGUUCAUAUAGUUAUGAAUGAUUGAAAAACAACACAGAUGUCUCCACUAAUCUUUGAGAUCUCUAUGAUAAACUCUUCUCUCAGACGCAGAACCCAUUUAGUUCAAUCUUUCUCGGUUGUUUUCCUAUACUGGUUCUAUAUUUUCUCAUGAAUUAAUACUUAACCUCUUUUAUUACCUUCAAAUCUAAAAUUUAGUUUCAUUAAUUCUAUCAAUCUAGUCAAAUUAACUACCUAUAGUUAGAAUAAUAUUACUAUUAUCACGAUCUGAGUCGCGGCGACAUAGACAUCAAAGAUCGAUAAUUCGCAACCGCGAUUUAAACCCUAGCUAGUUUUCACAUGGCUUUUCCUGGUGGAGCUUAUUCAUCUGGUACAAGCUCUUUUCAAAACUCUGGAUCUGGAUCAGAGGGCGAUAGGAAUAUGAAUCUGAACAUGAAUCACAUGCAGGUGAAUAUAACCGAUCAAAAGAAGAGGAAGAGAAUGCAAUCCAACAGAGAAUCCGCACGAAGAUCAAGGAUGAAGAAACAGCAACACAUGGAAGGACUUAGCGCACAAAUCGAAGAGCUCAAGAAAGAGAAUAAUCAAAUAAGCACAAACGUAGGGAUAACUACUCAGAUGUAUCUGAAUGUUGAAUCUGAGAACGCAAUUCUUAGGGUUCAGAUGGCUGAACUAAGCAACAGAUUGCAAUCAUUGAAUGAUAUUAUCCAAUACAUUGAAUCAAGCAAUUCACUGUUUCAGGAAACGGAUCAGUUGUUCAAUGAUUGUGGAUUCUUGGACACGUGGAGCUCUUUCCCUGUUAAUCAACCAAUCAUGGCCUCUAAUGAUAUGUUGAUGUAUUGAUUUGAUGAAGUUUGGUUGCAAAUUGUGUAUGGCUUUUGGUUGAUUCUUGGUGCUAUAGUUGAUUGUAACAACCUCGGUUUGUUUUGUGUUGAGUAUUUGUUUUUUUUGUUUUUUUUUUAAAUGUCAAGUUGCCAAUUGUUUUUAUUUUAUAUAUAUAUAUAUAUUAGGUUAUUAUUAUAUUCUAAGUUUUAUAUAUGAUGAUGUAUUAAGGUUGGGUAAAAAAAUGUAUCAGGGUUUGUGUCUAUGUAAGUUUCUAGAAGGGGAGGAAUUUUUGAUGAUUUAUGCAAUUGAAAAGUCUCUCACCCUUACAUUAAUAUGAAUGUUGCCUAUUAACUAUAAAAUAUCAUCUUUGUUUUUAAAUAUGA